AUCAAUACAAAACACUAUGUAACUUUAUAUUUUUUUUGUUUUUAUGGGCACAGAAGGAGAACCCUGAUGUGUCCCUCUGCAGGAUGUCUUAGUGCACCAGCUGGCUGCAUGUCCCACUCCUUUCACCUGAACAAGUGACAAACGACACAAUGAAAGGUGGAGCCCGGGGAACCAUCCUGCCCCCCGACACCAUGGACAUCAUCCGGAGCAAGUCCCAGUCGCGUCGGUUGAAGCUGAACGUGGGCGGACUGCUCCAUGAGGUCCUGUGGAGGACUCUGGACAGGCUUCCUCGAACUAGACUGGGCAAACUGAGGGACUGCAACACCCACGAGUCCAUCAUGGAGAUCUGUGAUGACUAUAGCCUGGAAAAUAAUGAGUACUUCUUCGACCGGCACCCAGGGGCAUUCACAUCCAUACUAAACUUCUACAGGACAGGGAAGCUGCACAUGAUGGAGGAAAUGUGCGCUCUGUCCUUCAGUCAGGAGUUGGACUUCUGGGGCAUCGAUGAGAUCUACCUGGAGUCAUGCUGUCAGGCCAGGUACCACCAGAAGAAGGAGCAGAUGAAUGAGGAGCUGAAGAGAGAGGCAGAGAACCUGCGUGAGAGAGAGGGUGAGGAGUUCAGCACCACCUGCUGCUCAGAGAAGAGGAGGAAGCUGUGGGACCUGCUAGAGAAGCCCAGCUCCUCAUUCGCCGCUAAGAUUUUGGCGAUCAUCUCCAUCCUCUUCAUCGUGCUAUCCACCAUUGCCUUGUCCCUGAACACCCUCCCAGAGCUCCAGGACACGGACGAGUUCGGGCAGCCCACAGACAACCCCCAGCUGGCCCAUGUGGAAGCCGUGUGCAUCGCCUGGUUCACUAUGGAAUACCUCCUUCGCUUCCUCUCCUCCCCAAACAAGUGGAAGUUCUUCAAGGGUCCACUGAACAUCAUCGACCUGUUGGCCAUCCUUCCAUACUACGUCACAAUAUUUUUAACAGAGUCGAACAAAAGUGUGUUGCAGUUUCAAAAUGUCCGCCGCGUGGUGCAGAUCUUCAGGAUCAUGCGAAUCUUGCGUAUCCUUAAGUUAGCUCGUCACUCCACGGGUCUACAGUCUUUAGGUUUUACACUUAGAAGGAGUUACAACGAACUUGGACUGCUUAUUCUUUUCCUCGCCAUGGGGAUUAUGAUCUUCUCUAGUUUGGUGUUUUUUGCUGAAAAAGAUGAAGAGGACACCAAAUUUAAAAGUAUACCAGCUUCAUUUUGGUGGGCUACUAUCACAAUGACAACUGUUGGCUAUGGGGAUAUCUAUCCAAAAACUUUACUAGGGAAGAUAGUUGGAGGGUUGUGUUGCAUCGCUGGAGUUUUGGUGAUCGCGUUACCAAUUCCCAUCAUUGUCAAUAACUUCUCUGAAUUUUACAAAGAGCAGAAGCGCCAGGAGAAAGCCAUUAAGAGAAGAGAGGCCUUAGAGAGGGCGAAGCGAAAUGGUAGCAUCGUGUCUAUGAACAUUAAAGAUGCGUUUGUCCAUGGCAUGGAGCUCAUGGACGUAAUGGUAGAAGAAACUAUAGAAAACAAAAAAGAGAAGCCACAGGGUAACCACGUAUCUCCAAAUAUGCAUGUUAAAGAUCAGUCAAAUUUGAGGUCAAACAACAGUAGUCCCACCAAGAACAUAGACUCAACAUUCAAAGAGCAAGUCAAGACAUCCAGCAGUCCGCAACAUUUGAGUGCUCAAAAACUGGAGGAGGUUUAUAACAAGAUGUCCCUGUCAGAUACACAGGGGAAGAGUAGUAAGGACAGAGGCACAGGGUCCAAACCAGUGCGGCAGAGGGCGGAGCUAGAGAUGGGAGCGAUACCAACAGCGCCUCUCUGCAGCACCACAGACCCAGUGACAGAUAUGAAGAGCAUUUCCAGCAUUGACAGUUUCAUGAGCUGCGCCACAGAUUUUCCAGACAGCUCAAGGUUUUCCCAAAGUCCAAUUGGCAGCAUCCAUCAAGGAAGAGUUAGCACAAACCCCAGCCUGGAGCCCACCAUAGAGGCAGAUCACGAGGGGUCCCAGGGCUCUCUUACCCCCAUGUCCAUGCAAAAUCCCUAUCAAGACCAUCACAUCAGCCAUCCCAACAAAGCGAACAUGAUAAGAGUGAAUUAUCGACGCGGGGAGGAGUCAGGAGCAGACAGUUCAUCUGUUCAAAGUCCAGACGUGUCUCUGUACACCACCGCCAGUAGCAGAACGCCCACCAAAAGCCCAGAGUACAUUCGCCCAAACAUCUUCACAUUCCAUGAUACGUCAAUAAGCAAAUUCAUUGACGCAGACACAGAUGAAGAGGAGCACCUUCACGACACAAGUGCGAACCCCAUGAGAAGACUCCUGGACAAUAGCAGCCCCAAGGUUGGACGGCGUUCCAAUCACACUCAGAGGAAGUUGAGCAACAAUACUUUGGGAAUAGAAAGCCAGGAUAACCACAUGGCUCAGGAAUCUACCGCCACAUCAGGGAGACCAGCUCCAAUGCAUAAAGAUAUUACAGCAAUCGCAAAGCACAGAGAUCUAACCCACAAACUAUGAACUCAAAAACUGAGAUGACUAUAGCUCUUAUGACCCUUUAGACUGGUUUUGUCUGUCAGCCGGUAGACUCAAAGCAAAAACCUAUUUUUCAUAUUUUCCUUUUCGUUAGUAGCCACAUUUUAAGUAGCAAGACUCAAUGGGCAUUUUGAAAUACUAACUAGGAGUGUUUCAAUUGUGUUUUCUGAACUGCUUAUGAUAAAGAUAACAUUUAUUUUUGCUUCCUUUAAACUGGCCUUAGUUCAUUUGCCUGUUUGUUGUGUGAUUGCAAGAUUAUAUAUAAACAGGGACAGUAAUGUUUUUCUAUGUCCAAACUAUACAUUUUUGGUUGUCUGAUUUUUGAUCCAAUGGGGGCAUUUUGUUAUUCUUACAGCGUAAAGACACUUUAAGUCCAUUAUUGUUUUCUGUGGGCCCAUAC